AGAGUUUGGCAGAGUUCUUAAACACCGUCAAAAUGUUUAAGAAGACAGUCUCCGGUUAUACGGUGAAGAAACUGUGGCGAAUUCAGAACCCCUCCCUCUGGCAGGUCUAUCAAUGGCAGAAGGAUCAGAUGAAGAAGAAGAAUUCGGGUAUCGACAAGGCUGAGCGUCAGCUGUUUCAUGGCACGGACAGUUCUAAAACGGACGCCAUCUGCCGGGAUAACUUUGACUGGCGUGUCUGUGGCACUAAUGGUGUUGUAUAUGGGCAAGGAAGUUAUUUUGCCAGGGACGCAUCCUACUCCCACAACUACUCCCAGCCCAAUUCUCAGGGGACACGGACCAUGUUUCUGGCUCGUGUGCUGGUCGGUGACUUUGUCGUAGGGGAUUCCAAGAUGAGACGCCCACCUCAGAAAUACAACAGCACCGAGAGUUAUGACUCCUGCGUGGACAACGUGCUCAGUCCGUCCAUCUUCGUGGUGUUCGAGAAAUUCCAGGUCUACCCAGAGUACAUCCUGGAGUAUGAGGAAGAAAAGAAAUCUUAUUGCAACAUUAGCUGA